UUAAUGAAAACACACAAGUAACAUUAAAGGUGCUCCUUAUAUCGUGAAUCAGUUUAUCAUAAACAUGAAUUAAAGAAACAGAGCUUUUGGAAACUCUGAGUCAAUUGAAUCAAAUGCUUCGGAAAAUGAUUCACUUACUCAAAGCGUUCUAUUUCUUUUUCUAUCUCGAUUUCUAUGAUCACUAAAUACCUAAACUGUAUAAUUUGUGUUCUUCUAUUAAGUUGUACCACUAAUCUUGAUUCUUUUUAGUCUAAUCAGAUCAUUUAAGUCCAUUAACUCUCACUCUGACUCUCUUACCAGUGUACUGAACUACUGAACUAGAUCUGAUUGAGACACACUCAGAGAUUUAGAUUGCAUUUAUUUUUUUAUUUCUGUUAAUUUUUAUCAUCUUAAACAGGACAAACACACAGAAAAACUCCUGGUGAAGCGACUGAGAUCCACGUGACAUUAUUAUAAAGAUGCUGUUUAUUAAAGAGGAGAUUGAAGACAUGAAGAUUGAAGAAGUAUUCAGUUUGAAACAAGAAGAUACUGAGGAACAAACAAAGAUGGCGUUUAUUAAAGAGGAGAGUGAAGAUCUGAAGAUAGAAGAAACAUUCAGAGUGAAACAUGAAGAAACUGAGGAACAAACAGACCUGAUGAUGUUGAAAGAGGAGAGUCAAGAUCUAACUGAAAUGGAAGAGAAAGAUCAAUAUAAGACAGAUUGUGAUGUCAUAACUGAAGAAAAAUCUUUUAGUUGCUCACAGACUAAAAAAACUUCCUCACGAAAAAGAGCUCAAAAGACAAGGAAUGAAAGUUAUUUCACCUGCCAACAGUGUGGAAAGAGUUUCAGUCGAAAAGGACACUUAAACCGUCACAUGAGAAUUCACACUGGAGAGAAGCCUUACACAUGUCAACAGUGUGGAAAGAGUUUCACACAUCAAGGAACGCUUACAGUCCAUAUGAUAAUUCACACUGGAGAGAGCCCAUUCAUGUGCCAACAGUGUGGAGUAAGUUUCACUCAUAAAAGAAGCCUUAACAGGCACAUGAAUGUUCACACUGGAGAGAAGCCUUACACCUGCCAACAGUGUGGAAAGAGCUUCAGUGUACAAGCAAACCUUAAAGUCCACAUGAGAGUUCACACUGGAGAGAAGCCUUUCACAUGUCAACAGUGUGGAAAGAGUUUCAGUCAUCAUGUCAGCCUUAAAGUCCACAUGAGAAUUCACACUGGAGAGAUGCCGUUCACAUGUCAACAGUGUGGAAAGGGUUUCAAAGGACAAGGAACCCUUACAGUCCAUAUGAUAAUUCACACUGGAGAGAGCCCAUUCAUGUGCCAACAGUGUGGAGUAAGUUUCACUCAUAAAAGAAGCCUUAACAGGCACAUGAGAGUUCACACUGGAGAGAAACCUUUCACAUGUCAACAAUGUGGAAAAAGUUUCACUCAAAAAGGACACCUGAACAAUCACAUGAGAGUUCAUUCUGGGAAAAAGCCUUACAUAUGCCUUCAGUGUGGAAAGGGUUUCACUCAAAAAAGAAGCCUUGACGGGCACAUGAGAGUUCACACUGGAUAGAAGACUUACAGUUGACAACAGUUGAACAACUCAGAAACAGAAAUCUGAUUUAUGGCCAUUGUCACAACUGACUUAAAGCCGUGACAUGAAAGAAAGACAUGGCAAAAUCUGUGUGGUUUUAUAAAUGUUGAUUGAUUAACAAAUAAAAGAAUCUGUAAAACAAAAUACAACAUGGUUAUUCGUGUCUAUAAGUUGCAUGAAUGUUAGUGUCAAAAGCAAAUAACAAAACCUUAAAUUUAGGCUGGC